AUGUUUGGAGGAGAACUGAACUACCGGACCAAGAAGAUUGUGUUCGACGUGGUCGAGCUUCCUUUGUCGUACAAUGGGAUCCUUGGUCAUCCAGCUCUGGAAAAUUUCAUGGUGGCAUCCCACUAUGCCUAUAAUACUCUAAAGAUGCCAGGACCAAUGGUCGUCAUCUCCAUCCCGUCAGACAAGAAGGACGCAAUCAUAUGUGUGGACAAGAUGUACCGGGAUGCGGUCACUGCCGAGGCCGUAGAACCUGCAGUUCCCACCAAGGAAAAGAAGAAAGCAAAGAGAGCUAAUAGGGAUGCCGACAAAGAAUCUGGGAAGCACGCCUCUCCGGAGUGCGCCGCGCCCAUCGACAAUUUUCCGAAGAGUUCCACUAGCAAGAGAUCCAAAGUUGCCUCUUCUGUUGUAAAGAAGGUCCCGGUAGGGCUGGGUGGCGCUAGUGGUACGGUCACCAUCAGCUCCACCCUCGAUGACAAAUAG